UUUUGUAGACAAUUAUUAUUCUUCUUCAAUUAUCGAAGAAGAGUCAGAUAACUGUACAGGAACAAAAUUAUUUCCAGGUGAGGAAACAAUAGUUUCCUUUGUCCAAUGUUCUUCGAAAGAGAACAGUUGUUGCUUUUGGAUGUUGGUUGUGGUAGAAAAGGAAGUUUAUCUCAUGUGGAUUGGAAACCUAGGUCACUUCCUUUAUUGUGGUUGGGAGUUGACAAAUAUAGAGAUACCAUUUAUCAGUUUCUGAGAGUUGCGAAGAAGUCUCAUAUUAUUUUUGAAGGAAUUGUAGCAAGUGCUUGUGCGUUGCCUUUUCGUGAGGAAGUUUUCGAUACUAUUUUAUGUCAAAGUGUAUUGCAUCACUUUCCCAUUAAAUACAAAAGACAACUAGUGUGGAAGAAUAUUCAGGCAACUUGCCUUUUGAAACAAGCGUUCUGUAUUUAUUUGACAGUUUGUGCUUAUGAACAAGAAGGAAAGAGACUAGCUUCACAAGAUGCUUUGGUCUCUGAUAUUAAGGAAAGAGUAUUAUUUUAUCACUUUUUUAAAAGAAAUGAACUCGAAGAAGAGUUUCCUCAUUCGGAAAUCAUAACUGAAAAAGAUCAACAUGCAUUGAUAUAUUCUUCAAAGAAUGAUUUCUUCUUCAACAAUGGAAUCACAAGAAGACGAUCCCAUAUUACCAGUGUUUAUGCUCUUUGGUGUCGACUGAGACAACAGGACUCGUUGCAAGCACAACAACAAGACGAACUUUCUACUCUUUGCACUGCACUGUGGAAAGAUUUGUCUCGUUAUGAACUAAACUUGAAGAAGUUAUUAUUAGUAGGGAAAACGACGCUUUAUGAGGACCAACAGUUGCAGAGCACUGAGAGACAGAUCCAAAAGGAUAUUCAACGAGUUCAACUGGAAGUAGAGGAGCUUAAGAGACAGCUACAGGUAGAAAGAACUCAACGUAGAAGAAAGGAAGAAUAUAGUUUAAUUGCUUCCUCUAUACUGGAGUUGCCAGAUAGAGAGAAGUUACAAGAAGAGUUUGAACAAACCACGAAACAAAUUCAGCAAUUGGAAGAGCAGAAACAACAAUUGGAGUAUGAAAAGGAGCAGCGUGCACGACAGUUUCAACUACUUUUACAAUCGAUAAAAGAGCUUUCUAGCGAAACUGAUGAUGGUUGGUACAGUUGGUGGAAGCACUGGUUCGCAAGUAAUACAGUACAACAAAACUCCUCAAUCAGUUCUUAUGAAUCAACAUGGAACAAGGAAAAUGAAAGCGUUAGAAUGGAAGACUCUUAGAGUCCUUGAAAAGUCUACAGAUAU